AGUCUAUUUAUUUAUCUGUCGGAAGAAGACAUGGCAAGAUUUCUCUUGUAAUUGUUCAGUUCCAAACUUAGGGAGCUUGAGCACUCACACGAAUCCAAAAGCAGAACCUUCAUUUCGAAUUCAAAUCCUGUUCCAAAGCAAUCGUCACGAAUAAAAUGGGCCCAAUUUUUGUCAGUUUAUUCUUAACAUGUUUGGUCGUGGCCAAUGCCUCACCAUUCCGGUUCACUGAAGGUGGUAUGAGACCCGAUUUCUUGGGCGAGGCCGGCUUAAACGCAGUCCCGCGGAUGGGCCGCCGAUCUCCCUCUGGGAACCCGUUUGACCCGAGUCGGUUCCGCUUCCGUUUCCACGGUCCCUCUUCUAAUUGGUUGGGAUCUCGUUCUGCUUUGGCGGGUUUUCGAUUUUCUGGUGAAGAGGCUGACCCGAACCAGUAUUUCCAAUUGAAAAAAAGGAUGGCCGGCGGGGACGACGAGAAAGACAAGAAGGCGUUGGAGAACCAGGAGGCCACGCAGGCGAUGGAUAAUAAUGCUCAGGCUAAUCUGAUGGAGAGGUACGCCGACUCAUUCAUGAAGGACUACCUGAGCUCCCUGGCCCAGAAGGCUGCCUAUGAGAAGCUGGCCUUCACUCGCUUCCAGUCCAUCCCCGACAAUCUGCCCUGGCGGCCCCGAUAUCUUCCACCCAUCUCUCAAAUGAACUACGAGACUCCCCUUCAAAAAUUCCUGAACACGGCAUCCGAGCCUACGGAAGAGGGCGACGAGAUUGAGCCCAUGAAAAUCGUUGAUCCUUCCAAUGGUCGAGAUGGACUGUCUCGCACCUCGCAUCUUUUUGGUCUCAAACCUUUCAUGAGAAUGAAUUAUUGAUGUUUGGGAUCUAGAAGCUGUGCCAAUUCCCAUAACUAGAUGUAGUAGAUGUACCACUCGCUCGCUCGCACGCACGCCAGUACGUACCCCGUAACCAAUCUUGCGUUCUAGCUCUGAUGCUCCCCUUCGAGAUUCCGGGAAACACAUGACAAAAAACUUUGACCAACUCAUCGUCCCAGCAUUUAUCUUUUUACUGACUUACAAAUAGUAUUAGACCAUUGAUGACCAUUCUGAGAUUGAAAACUCGUGUCCGGUCGAGACCUGUCACGGUUUGCUUCACAUUGACCUUGCCAGGCCUCCAACUUUAGUUAGAUAUUGUUCCCAGGAUCAAUUAUAUUAGAAUUCAUGUAGUCAAACAAAAAAACUGCUUUGAAAUAAAGAAAGGAAUUCA